UAACAAUCCCUUCCUGUUUUCAUUCAGCGUGGGGAACCUGGAGGAAGUCUUGUAUAAUACAUUGAAAAGCGAAGAUGGCUCGAAAUGCUGAAAAGGCCAUGACAGCCCUGGCGAGAUUUCGCCAGGCUCAACUCGAGGAUGGAAAAGUUAAGGAGAGGAGGCCUUUUCUUGCUUCAGAAUGCAACGAGUUACCGAAAGCAGAAAGAUGGAGAAGACAGAUAAUCAGUGAAAUUUCUAAAAAGGUUGCACAGAUUCAAAAUGCCGGCUUGGGGGAAUUUAAGAUACGGGACCUUAACGAUGAAAUCAAUAAGCUGCUCCGAGAGAAGGGACAUUGGGAAAUUCGGAUUAAGGAGCUGGGAGGUCCUGAUUAUGCAAGAGUUGGACCUAGGAUGCUGGAUCAUGAAGGGAAAGAGGUGCCAGGAAACAGAGGCUACAAAUACUUUGGUGCUGCCAAAGAUCUACCAGGGGUUCGGGAGCUCUUUGAGAAAGAGCCACUCCCACCUCCAAGGAAGACCCGUGGAGAGCUUAUGAAAGAUAUUGAUGCAGAAUAUUAUGGCUACAGAGAUGAAGAUGAUGGUGUUUUAGUACCUUUAGAACAGGAGUAUGAGAAACAAGUCUUAGCUGAGGCUGUGGAGAGAUGGAAGGCAGAGAAGGAGGCUCGUCUGGCUGGGGAAGAAGCAGGGGACAAGGAGGAAGUGGAGGAGGAAGAAUACAUUUAUGCGGUUCAAGAGGAUGUGUCUGAUGAAGAAACUGGCGAACCUGUGGAAGGCGAGGAAGGAUCACAGAAAUUUAUAGCGCAUGUCCCAGUACCCUCCCAGAAAGAGAUUGAAGAGGCCCUGGUCAGAAGGAAGAAGAUGGAGCUGCUGCAGAAAUAUGCCAGUGAAACUCUAAUGGCACAAAGUGAAGAAGCGAAGACACUUCUAGGAUUGUAGCAUCAGCAGCCAGUGGAUGGGUGGAACAUGUUUGUUCUGAAAUUAUGUGUCUGACUUUUAUGAAAGAAGAUUGCCUUUAAUUCCUCUUGGGUCAAAGACUGCUGGCAACAUAACUGUUGUUGUGUGUGUCCCCCAGGAACUCAGGUUUCAUUGGAAGGCUCAGUGAUAUAUAAUGGGAUAAAAUGUUGUGUCAUUAGCUUUAUUGACAUAGAUACCAGUGAAACCAACUCCACUUAUGGUGCAUCGCAAACCUCUCACAAAAUAUUGUACAUAACAACAAGUUUUGUUUUUUC